AGAAAUAAGUCUUACUGAUACCUGGGUCUGAAAGACUAGAAUGAGAAGUGAAAGGUCAAAUGCAUGAAAACACAUCAUCCAGCUUGCAAAAUUCCAUUCUAUAUCUUGUCUACAUAUAGUCCCCAGGUAUCAGUGGACAGGCCAUGGCUCCACGGCCCCGGCGACGAAGGCACAAGAAAUCGUCCUCAUCAGUGGCUCCCACAGCUGUGACCCAGCCUACAGCUGUGACCCCUCCCACAGCUGUGACCCCUGUGCCUUUGACCCUCUCAAAACCUGGCCCUAGCAUUGAUGCACUUGGCUUCUACUCCUUGGACAAUAAUGUUCCUGGCCUAUCCCAGCUGAUUCUUCAGAAGCUGAACAUGAAAAGCUAUGAAGAAUACAAGUUGGUGAUAGAUGGGGAUACUCCUGUGUCAGGCUUUGGAUUUCGAUGCCCACGAGAAAUGUUCCAGAAGAUGGAGGACACGUUCCGAUUCUGUGCUCACUGUAGAGCGCUCCCCAACGGCCUUUCAGACUCCAAGGUCCUCCGGCGCUGCAAGAGGUGCAGAAAUGUCUAUUACUGUGGUCCAGAGUGCCAGAGGUCAGAUUGGCCCGCCCACAGGAGGGUUUGUCAAGAGCUGCGUCUUGUAGCUGUGGACCGUCUCAUGGAAUGGCUUCUGGUCACAGGAGAUUUUGUCCUACCCGCAGGACCCUGGCCAAGGCUGGCUGAAGUUGUACAGGACUGGGACACCUGGUUUUCUAUGCGGCGCCUACAGCUAGAUGCUAUACUGGCUGCUGUGCUAGGUAGUCAUGCCAUGACCACCCUGUGGGCCAGUGCAGGGAGGCCAAGGCCAGACCCAGAUGUCCUGAAGGGCUCUUUGAAGCGACUCCUGACAGAUGUCCUGUCACGGCCUUUGACCCUGGGCUUGGGGCUUCGGGCCUUGGGGCUAAAUGUGAAGAAGAUCGGAGGGAGCACAGUGCAUGUAGUUGGUGCUUCCCACGCGGAGACAUUUCUCACGCGCCCCGGGGACUAUGAUGAGCUUGGUUACAUGUUUCCUGGACACCUUGGCCUCCGUAUAAUAAUGGUGGGUGUAGACGUUGCUACUGGCUUUUCACAGAGCACCUCAACUUCACCUGUGGAACCUGGCACCGUUCAGCUUAGUGGCCAUAGGGGCCUCUACCAUAACUUCUGGGAGGAGCAGGUAGAGACUGGGCAGACAGCCCCUCCAGAUUUGGUGGUGGCAUUCCACCCAGGUUUUCACGCUUCCCCAGACUUGAUGGAGGCUUGGCUGCCCACCCUUCUGCUACUUCGAGAUUAUGAAAUCCCUACAUUGAUGACUGUUUACAGCCAUCAGGAGCUUGCAGCCUCUCUGCAGAUCCUGGUGGACCUGGAUAUACACGUCAUUGCCUAUGGAGCCAACCCUUUCACGUCCCUCAAACCUGAACAGGUCUAUUCCAACCCCAACAAGCAGCCAGUUUACGGCAGCGCCUACUAUAUCACGUUUCUUGGGAGCUCCUGCCAGCUGGAGAAGAGGCAGCUGGAAGAGAAAGUAGAUGGUGGGGAUUAAAUAGCUGAGCCAGAUUCUCACUGGAUACCUAGAAAAGGGGGGGCUGAUAAAAUUACCCUGUUGAUGCCGGUUUAUUGCCAACUUUGAAACCUCAUUGUCCAGGUAAAGCUUCUAAGCAGCAUGGGACCUCCUAUAUGAUGUGAGUCAUUUCUGAGAGGUUAGCUACAGGCAGCUUCUAGAGUCGGGAUUCUAGCUUUGGUGUGCGGCAAGAGGCCUCGGUGUCAGUCUUUCCAGAGCCUAGAGGCCUAACAGUUUCCUCUGUGCAAAAGUUAUACCUUUUGAUUUGAACCAGAUGGCACCAAGGAGAAGCAUGGCACCUUAUUUUGAAAGAAUUCUUGUCCAGCAAUUUGGUCUAAAAAAUGGAGAGGUGCUAAUGACUUGAGGUGGUGCAAGAAGGGGCAAGUCAGAGAAGUGUUUGGGAACCUGGGGAGGUUGUGAGGAUUGGCACACUGUUCUAUUUCUUGGCAUUUUCAAGAUAAGUAUCUCAUGUUUGUAUUUUCUCUUGAGGACUUUUAACCCUAGAGCAAGCAGCAUUUUGCCCUGGCAUUAUAUUUUAGAUAUUCCAGUUAUAUCAGACUUUACUUAAAUAUACUCGAGUUAUUUGUUAUUAUCUGAUCUAUACCACAAUAAACGCAGUUUGGGGCUUCUUAA